AUGAUCAUUACGGGUGACAUUAGCAUUGAUUUCCUUAAACCUAAUUCAAUUCCUAAACAAUGGGUAGAUAUUAUGGAAUCGUACAACCUCACUCAACUCAUAAAGGUUCCAACUAGAGUUACCAAUUCGUCAAAGACAUGCAUCGAUCAUAUCUAUGUUACUAACCCAGAGGAUGUACGGGCAACUAAAGUGGCAACAAUAAGUAUUUCCGACCAUUUUCCGGUUUGUUACUCACGAUCACACAACUCAGCGACAAGAACACAUAAACAUUCCUCAAUCAAAUAUAGAUCAUAUAAGAAUUUUAAUCAAUCAGCUUUUCUUGAAGACCUAACCCUGGUGCCAUGGAACGUAUGCAAAUCUUUUGAUGACCCAAACGAUGCCUUGGACUGCUGGGAGAAACUUUUCCUGGAAGUAGUUGAAAAACAUGCACCUCUGAAGGAAAGACGUGUUAAGAAACCUAAACAACCGGAAUGGCUUACAGAAGAAAUGCUUAAAGCUAUGAACGCUAGGGACAAAUUUGCCCAACUAAACGAUGAUCGAAAUAGAAAAUUAUGGAGAAAUAAAGCAAACAAUCUUGUGAGAAAUGGUAAAACUACGUAUUACAAACAACUUAUUGAAAGUAAUAUUGGCAAUAGUAAGAAGCUAUGGAAUCUCAUUAGAGACCUAGCCCCUGAGGAAUCGAAAACUACUCCAACAACAUUGAAGGAUGGCGAUGUAACACUUUCCAACCCACAAGAUAUACGUGAUAGUUUUAAUGAAUUCUUCGCACAAAUCGAAAAUGCGAUUGCUGCUAGUCUUCCCAAUUCCCGAAACAAUACAAGCGAUGUGCUUGCAGACUUCAUAAAUAAACAUCUUGCUACAAAAACUACGAAUGUAUAA